AUGAUUAAUACAACUUUUCCUCCAAGACCAGAUGAAACUGUUGAAAUAAUUGAUGAUAGUUUACACCAACUAUCAGUCUAUGAAUUAGCAAUAUGGUGUUUUCUUUAUACUGUAAUUGCAUUUUUAGCUGUAUUUGGAAAUAUACUUGUUAUUUAUAUUACUUUAAAACCUUUAUAUAAUGGAUCAGUGACAAAUCUUUUAAUCGUAAAUUUAGCAAUUGCCGAUAUUAUUACUGGAAUAUUAGCUAUACCAUUUAAAUUUCAUGCAGCAUUAUUUCAACGAUGGUUUUGGCCUGAUGUAUUUUGUAAAGUUGUUCCAUUUAUUGAAACACUUUCUUUAAGUGUUUCAGUAUUCACAUUAUGUACAAGUGCUCUUAGUGAAUUAUCACAGUUAUAUUUUAUUAAUAUUGAUGCUAUGAAUUUACAUAGUGCACGUAAACUUAUUUUUAUAAUAUGGUUAUUGGCAUUUAUUGUUUCAUUGCCUUAUGGAAUGUUUCAUCAAGUUGUAACAUUUUCAUUAUCUCCAGAUUUAAAUGAUAACAUAAGACAGUGUAUUCCAAGGUAUGGAGAUGAAAAUUGGUGGAAAGCAUAUAAUAUAUAUCUUACAAUAAUCCAUUAUUUUGUUCCACUGAUAAUUGUUGAUUCAGCAUAUAUAAUUAUAGCAAUAAACGUUUAUCGUGAUACACAAAGAGAGAAAAAUUUAAAUUUAUUUAUGAAAAAAAUUAGUCAUAGCAGUAAUAAUACUGUAACAAGUAUAAAAAAUAAUUGUAAAGAUAAUGAAAUAGAAAGCAAAAAUCAGGAUAUAAAAACAUUCUCAAAUUUCCAACAAUCUGUAUCAUUUCCUCAUACUUCUCAACAGUCAGUAGUUUUAAUAAAUAAUAUUAACCAUGAUAAUACUUCAAAGAGUCGUCGAAAAAUUAUAACAAUGCUUAUUUUAGUUGUAACGUUUUUUACAUUAUGUUGGUUGCCACUUGAAACUUAUCUUUUACUUAAUGAAGUACAACCACAAAUUAAUGAUUGGCAUUAUAUAAAUAUUUUAUUUUUUUGUUGUCAUUGGUUAGCAAUGUCUAAUUCAUGUUUUAAUCCUAUUAUAUACGGGCUUUAUAAUGAAAAAUAUAAAAAAGAAUAUCGCAAACUUUUUAGUAAAUUUUUUGGAAUGUUAUGUAAGAAUUCCCAUAAUAACCAUGAAAAUUUUCAUAAUAGUGAAAAAAAAUUUUCUUUACCAUCAACGAUUGUUGUAAAAAAUAUGACAAAUAAAUCUACAGUUGUUAUAUCAAAUUAUAGUAUACAGUCUGAAUGUGAGAAUGGAUAUAAAUCAAAAGAAAAUUUUCAAAACAUUCCAGAAUUUGAUAAAAAUUUACCUAUAUCACAAAAUAAUUUACAAAGUCCCAGUAAUAUUUUUAAAAAUGAUAAGAAACUUUUUGUUCAAAUUGAUGAUUCAUUUAAUUAUCUUACUUUGAGAACGUCUGCCAUUACAAAUGAAUAUGAUGAAUCAUUUGAAUUAGAUCAAACAUCAUUUAGAAAAAAAAAAGAAACUGACAAUAAAGAUUAUAUUUUAUAA